AUGGUUUUCUCCCUUUCCUUUUUACGUCUCGUUGAUUCAUCAAUAUUAGUACCAGUUAGUGGCAGAGCCAAGAUUUCACGGAUGUCUGUUGGAUGUAAUACUUGGCCUAAUGGUCAGUCUUACUCCAUUUCUCAAGUGUACAAAAAGUUGCUCCCAGAGGUUGUUCCACCUUACUGGUCCACUUUUAUCUGGACAAGGAGUGUGGUUCCUAAACACAGGUUUAUAUUAUGGCUGGCUAUGCUGAAAAGACUCCCUACUUGUGCAAGACUGUUCCAUAUUGGCAUCAGUGAUUCUGAUGCCUGUGUGAUCUGUGGGAAUGCAGCUGAAACUCAAGACCAUAUUUUUGGUUCUUGCACCUAUGCCAUAGGUUGCUUCUCUGCUGUCAUGCAGUGGUUACAGAUUCCUUAUAGAACUGUUGGUCUGGACACUUUGUGCAGAUGGAUUAGAAAUGGUUACAAAGCCUCACAGUGGAGGAAGCAUGUUCUCCUUGUUGCAGUUGCUGCCACAGUUUACAUGAUCUGGCAAGUAAGGAACAAAGGGUAUUGA